GCAUGCAUACCAGUAGUCUAGACUACUACUUUGAAUGUGAUUGCUCAUAGUAAUGGGUGUUUCAAGUAGUUCUUCUGCAGUGGCACACAGUUAUGAUAUUCCAGACCAAAGAGGUCUCACAAAUCUAUACAAUCAACAAGUUGUAUCAGUAGAACAUAUGACCAGACCACUGGAUAGUUUUGGUGGUAAAAGUGGAUUUUCUCACGAAGGUAACAUAGUUACAACUGCUGAUCGAGGAAGGUAUUUGAUCCACAAAGGAGGAAAUUAUGGUAUUUCAUAUAACACAGUUGUAGUUGAUGCAAAACACAUGGGAAGUCGUUGGAAACCUGUCAAUCCAUGUGCUGGACCAGUAAGAGUAGAUCCAGCAAAGCCCAUCACCGUGAGUGACUUGGUCAAAGAAUCAGGUACAGUUUACAUACCACUCAUUAAUGAUUGUACACAUGGUGCUAAAAGAGUACAGAAAUUGGCCAAUAAAUAAAACUGACGUACAUGUACAUUAGAAAACUGCUGAACAUUGUAUAGCUACAUCUACUGUACUAUUUAGUCUCGCCCUGGCAAGACUAUGUACUAUUAUACUUAUUUUGCUUCAUUGUUUUGUUAUUUUUGCUUUGAUAGCUAUGCUAAUGUUAA